GGCGGGGCACAACGGAGGCUCGGGGGGGGUGUGUGGGCGCCACAGGGUGCCCCGGGGCUGAGGCAGGGGCCAUGUCAACGCUGGCCCCCCUGCGUCUGCUGCGCGAGCCCUGGAAUGCCAGUGAGGGCAACCAGAGCAACACCACAGUCGGAGCCAGCAGCGGCUGGUGCCAGGGACUGGACAUUCCCAAUGAGCUGUUCCUGGCACUUGGGCUGGUGAGCCUGGUGGAGAACCUGCUGGUAGUGGCUGCCAUCCUGAAGAACAGAAAUCUGCACUCACCCACCUACUACUUCAUCUGCUGCCUGGCGGUGUCUGACAUGCUGGUGAGCAUCAGCAACCUGGCGGAGAUGCUCUUCAUGCUGCUGCUGGAGCAUGGGGUGCUGGUGAUGCGCCCCAGCAUUGUCCGCCACAUGGACAACGUCAUCGACAUGCUCAUCUGCAGCUCUGUUGUGUCCUCUCUCUCCUUCCUGGGGGUCAUCGCUGUCGACCGCUACAUCACCAUCUUCUACGCCCUGCGCUACCACAGCAUCAUGACGCUGCAGAGGGCCGUGGUGACCAUGGCCAGCAUCUGGCUGGCCAGCACCAUCUCCAGCACCGUCCUCAUCACCUACUACCACAGCAACACCAUCCUCCUCUGCCUCAUCAGCUUCUUCCUCUUCAUGCUGAUCCUCAUGCUGGUACUCUACAUACACAUGUUUGCCCUGGCCCGCCACCACCUCCACAGCAUCUCCAGCCAGCAGAAGCCUCCCACUGCCCACCACGGUGGCAGCCUGAAGGGCGCCGUCACCCUCACCAUCCUCCUGGGGGUCUUCUUCGUCUGCUGGGGGCCCUUCUUCUUCCACCUCAUCCUUAUUGUCAUCUGCCCCACCAACCCCUUCUGCACCUGCUUCUUCAGUUACUUCAACCUCUUUCUCAUCCUCAUCAUCUGUAACUCGGUGAUUGAUCCUCUCAUCUAUGCCUUCCGGAGCCAAGAGCUCCGACGGACGCUGCGGGAGGUGGUGACAUGCUCCUGGCUCUUUGCAGUGACGCUAUGGCUGGCAACGGGCAGCCCCGGGCAACCCGGGGGGAUACGGCCCCUCCCUGCCUACUCCCAGCUCGGUUGCUCCCAGUGGGGACCGGCUGGGACCGGGAGGAACCGGCAGGGUGGCGGGAGGCUGGUUUCCACGCGGGGGGCGGCCAGGGCCGCCCCCGACAAAGGGCCCAUCCCUGUCGUCUUUGUUCUCGGGCCGCGCCCGCCGCCGCCCACCCCGGCACUGGCACCAGCCCUGUCCCCGAUGCCGCGGGGGCUCCUGGCGACCCGACCACCCGGGUUGGCCUCUCCGUCCCUUGUCCCUGUUUCCCCGUUAUGGGACGCAGGGGUGCCCCCUGGCCGUGCCCCCCGCGGCUGCCGGGGCUCCCCGCUCCGCCGCGGCGUGGCGCGGCCGUGGGCGUGGCCGUGGGCGUGGCCGGGCGGGGCGGCCCGGGCGGUGCCGGUGCCGCAGGGCUGUUGCAGCGCUGCGGCGGCGGCCGCUGAUUGGCUGCGGGCGGCGGUGACGUCAGCGGCCGUCCCGGUGCGGCGGUGGGCGCCUAUAAAGGCGGUGGCGGUGGCGGGUCCGCCCCCCGCGCUCCCGGUACCGCUCUGCUCCGGUGCCGCUCCGCUCCCGGCCCCUGCCCGCUCCCGUCCCGCUGCGCUCCGGCCCGGCCGCACCAUGAGGGAGAUCGUCCACAUCCAGGCGGGGCAAUGCGGCAACCAGAUCGGCGCCAAGUUCUGGGAGGUGAUCAGCGAUGAACACGGCAUCGACCCCAGUGGCAACUACGUGGGGGACUCAGACCUGCAACUCGAGCGCAUCAGCGUCUACUACAAUGAGGCCUCUUCUCACAAGUAUGUGCCUCGUGCUAUCCUGGUGGACCUGGAGCCAGGGACGAUGGACAGUGUGCGCUCAGGUGCCUUCGGCCACCUCUUCCGCCCCGACAACUUCAUCUUUGGGCAGAGCGGUGCCGGGAACAACUGGGCAAAGGGGCACUACACGGAGGGGGCCGAGCUGGUGGACUCCGUGCUGGAUGUGGUGCGGAAGGAGUGCGAGAACUGCGACUGCCUGCAGGGCUUCCAGUUGACCCACUCGCUGGGUGGGGGCACAGGCUCGGGCAUGGGCACCCUGCUCAUCAGCAAGGUGCGGGAGGAGUACCCCGACCGCAUCAUGAACACCUUCAGUGUGGUGCCGUCCCCCAAGGUGUCGGACACGGUGGUGGAGCCCUACAAUGCCACACUCUCCAUCCACCAGCUGGUGGAGAACACAGAUGAGACCUACUGCAUCGACAACGAGGCACUCUACGACAUCUGCUUCCGCACCCUCAAACUGGCCACCCCCACCUACGGUGACCUAAACCACCUCGUUUCAGCUACCAUGAGCGGUGUCACCACCUCCCUGCGCUUCCCUGGCCAGCUCAACGCUGACCUCCGCAAGCUGGCUGUCAACAUGGUGCCCUUCCCGCGUCUCCACUUCUUCAUGCCAGGCUUCGCCCCGCUGACAGCGCGUGGCAGCCAGCAGUACCGUGCCCUCACCGUGCCCGAGCUCACCCAGCAGAUGUUCGAUGCCAAGAACAUGAUGGCUGCCUGCGACCCCCGCCAUGGCCGCUACCUCACUGUGGCCACUGUCUUCCGUGGCCGCAUGUCCAUGAAGGAGGUGGACGAGCAGAUGUUGGCCAUCCAGAGCAAGAACAGCUCCUACUUUGUAGAGUGGAUCCCCAACAAUGUCAAGGUGGCUGUGUGCGACAUCCCGCCGCGGGGGCUGAAGAUGUCCUCCACCUUCAUCGGGAACAGCACAGCCAUCCAGGAGCUCUUCAAGCGCAUCUCAGAGCAGUUCACAGCCAUGUUCCGCCGCAAAGCCUUCCUACACUGGUACACAGGUGAGGGCAUGGACGAGAUGGAGUUCACCGAGGCCGAGAGCAACAUGAAUGACCUGGUGUCUGAGUACCAGCAGUACCAGGAUGCCACAGCUGAGGAGGAGGGUGAGAUGUACGAGGACGACGAGGAGGAGUCGGAGGCACAGGGCGCCAAGUGAUGCCUGACUCCACCCCCCGACGCUGCCCACGGCCCCCCUGGCUUCGCGCUGCUGCACCCCCCGGGUGGUGCCCCCCCUGCCAUCCCCUCAGUGUGUCCUGCCCCCCUGCCCCCCUGAGCCAGCUCGGCUCCCCACCCCUCCGUCCUGCCUCUCCCCCCUUUUCGUUUUUUACUGGUUCGUGUCUAUUAUUUUUUUUGAAUACUUAAUAAAUUUAUUGCUGUCCGGGUA